AUGACACAAGAAAGAGCCGAAGACUCAAAAGAGGACUUCGACGCCAAGCACCUCGAAUCUCUUGCCUACACAGGAUUCUCAGAAGAAGAGGCUGCAGUUCUUCGUGAAUACGGCGGCAUCAAAGGAAAAAAAGUGAUUCGAAAGGUUGACGCACAUCUGCUCCCUGUUCUGGCAUUUCUUUAUCUGUGCUCCCAUGUCGAUCGAAACAAUCUGGGUAAUGCGAAGAUUGAGGGGAUGAAUACGGACCUGGGGUUGGUAGGGCAUCAAUAUAAUAUUGCGAGUACUCUUUUCUUCGUCCCAUACAUUAUUUUCGAAAUUCCUUCCAAUGUGAUGCUGAAGAAAACCGACCCGAGUUAUUGGUUAGCCUCGCAGGUCGUCACCUGGGGUAUUGUCAUGACCUGCAUGGGUGCGGUCCAAGGAUUUGCGAGUUUGACAGUGUGUCGAGUUCUGUUGGGUGUUUUUGAGGCAGGAUUCUUCCCCGGCGCAGUUUAUCUGGUCACACAAUGGUAUCCUCCCAAUGUGAUUCAACAACGUUUAGCCCUCCUCUACACUGCUUCAGCUAUUUCUGGAGCUUUUAGCGGUCUCCUCGCAUACGCAAUUUCCAACAUGGACGGUCUGAGUGGUGUGGCUGGGUGGAGAUGGAUCUUUAUACUGGAAGGAAUUGUCCCGACAAUAUUUGGCUUGCUACUGCCAUUGAUUCUCCCAUGCUCCCCGGAGAAGGUAGGAUGGCUCAGUGAAGAGGAGAAACUUUUCAUAGACCUGCGGUUUCGACAGGCUGGUCAUCGCUCUGUUACAGGAGAAGGAGACAAAUUUUCUUGGUCUCUUCUUCUGAAAACGAUGGGUGAUUGGAAAAUUCUUUUGGCUGUCCUGAUGGCCAUGGUCAAUGCGGCCCCCAAUGCGGCAUUCUCUUACACCAUGCCUACAAUCAUCAAUAAACUAGGCUUCCAAGCAUCACAGGCUCAGCUACUAACUAUUCCACCAUAUUUUUGCGGUGCUGUUUCAAGUUGGCUCUCUGGACGUCUCGCCGAUCGCUUUGCUUGGCGAUUUCCAUUCAUAGUCAUGCCAAUGGUUUUGAUGCUAAUUGCCUUCGUGCUUCUUUUCAUAUUGUCGGCCAAUGUCGAGGAGUACAAAGGACCCAUGUACUUUGCUGUUGUUCUUGCACAGAUCGGUAUAUACCCCUUGCUUCCUGGGAUAUCAAGUUGGACUACGAAUAACCUGCCCCAAUCAUGGAAACGUUCGAUUGGAAUUGCGUGGCUUUUGGCCGCAGCAAAUACUGCUAGCUUCAUUGGGACAAACGUAUUCCUGGAAGAUCAAGCGCCACACUAUACAAUUGGGUAUGGAGUGUGUCUUGGUAUCAUCUGCAUGGGUAUAGCUGCCGCCUGUGCUCUUGAAUAUAAUCUCCGGCGAUUGAACAAGACCAAGAACAGCAUGGAUGAAAAUGAGGCUAGGGAACUGUAUAGCCCGGAGCAGCUGGUGGCUAUGGGAGAGAACAGUCCUCUGUACAGAUACACACUGUAA